AUGUUUUCUCGUGCUUUGAAACCCAUCGCUGCUGUAGCGGUCCAGAAUGGCGCUAAGAACUUCUCCACUACCUCACAGAAAAACUUCAAAGUUGUAGUUGCUGGUGCCUCUGGUGGUAUCGGUCAGCCCUUGUCUCUUCUCUUGAAGCAGAAUGCUCUGGUUACUCACCUGGCCCUGUACGAUCUUGCACCAGUCACCCCUGGUGUCGCGGUCGACCUAUCGCACAUGGACACACCUGCCAAGGUCACAGGACACAAGGGCCCUGAGCAACUCGCUGAUGCGAUUAAAGGUGCUGACCUCGUUGUGAUCCCUGCUGGUGUGCCCCGUAAGCCUGGUAUGACUCGUGAUGACCUGUUCAAUACGAACGCAUCCAUCGUACGUGAUCUCGCAUCCGUUGUCGCUAAGGAAGCGCCUAAAGCCAUCAUGGCUAUCAUCACCAACCCCGUCAACUCCAUGGUGCCUAUUGCAUCUGAGGUCUUGAAGAACGCUGGAGUCUACGAUCCAAACCGCGUUCUCGGUGUGACCACCCUGGAUGUGGUUCGUGCCUGCUCAUUUAUUGGAGAGAUUAAUGGCGUGGACCCCCGUACCGUGUCCAUACCUGUCAUCGGAGGCCACUCCGGUGUGACCAUCAUUCCCUUGCUCAGCCAGGCGAAGCCCGCUGUCAAGUUAACCAACCAGGCAGAUAUUAAGAAGCUUACCGAAAGGAUCCAGGAAGCUGGUACUGAAGUCGUAAAGGCCAAGGCCGGUGGCGGUUCCGCUACCCUUUCCAUGGCGUAUGCUGGUGCGCGUCUUGCUGGUUCCGUACUCAGAGGUCUGGCUGGAGAAGCUAAUGUAGUAGAAUGCGCGUAUAUCAAGUCUGACCUGACAGAAGCGGGCUAUUUUGCCAACCCUGUUCUCUUCGGCAAGAACGGUGUGGCCAAGAACCUCGGCUAUGGCGAACUCAACAAGUUCGAACAGGAGCUCCUCAAGGCUGCCAUUCCUGAACUCCUGAAGAAUAUCGAGACUGGUGUAAAAUUUGUGAAGAAGUAA